AUGUGGAAGGGUGUAGAUGUCUCUAUGCCCUUGUUGGCACUGUCUGUUGCUCUAACAAGGCCACUAGAGUCAGAUAGAAUUACCUACACCUGCGCGAGACAUCUACCUCCUCAUCAAUUAUUACUUCCACUGUGGGUUAUGGCUGAGUCACACACGCAUGCACUCACACACACACAACACACACAUGUGCAUGCGCACACACACACACACACAGGCAGAGCUAGAGCAGGAGCGCUCUGUUGGGGCUACCCUGGAUGAACAACAUGGACAUCUCGGCUCUCCCCAAUAACAACCACCCAGGGAAGUUCUUGCAGCUGGACGUGGGGAUGUUGCCCGUGACUCAUGGAAUGUUCCAGAUCAACGCGGUGCUGACCGGUCAGCAGUGGCAAAACAGAGUCUACUCAGAGGUAAAAAGAAAUCUGAGUGUGCAGAGGUCAUCACCGGAGGGCAGUCCUGUGUUGAUGGACUCGGUCCUCCGCAAGCACGUCACGGCAAUCACCAUGACGCCAAAGAUCAAGACAAACCCCCUAUACUCAGACAUGAUCAUCGGCAUUGAAGACAACCCAAAGUCGAAGCCCUCCUGGACCAUUCAGGAGUACGACAGGCAAACCAUACAUGGAAAUUUAGGAGACUAUUCAAAGGAGGACCCGGGAGAGCUCAAUUUUUGGCUAGAAGAGCUUUACACCCCGGGGUAUGACUCCCUUUUGAGGAAGAAACAGGCUGAACUCACAAGGAAAAAGAUCUGCAAAGUAUUAACCUCUGUUUUUGUGUCUGUGUGUGUCAUAAUUGUCGUCAUCACAGUGCCAAUUGUCGUGUCACGAAAUAAAGAUUGA